AUGAACAAGGAAAAGAGAAAAGAGGAAAAGGAAAAGAGGAAGAUAAACAAGGAAAAGAGGAAAAGAAGGAAAAGGAAAAAAGGAAAAAGAGAGAAAAGAGGAAGAGGAAAGAGGAAAACAAACAAGGAAAAGAGAAAAGAGGAAAAGAGGAAGAUGAACAAGGAAAAGAGAAAAGAGGAAAAGAGGAAGAUGAACAAGGAAAAGAGAAAAGAGGAAAAGGAAAAGAGGAAGAUAAACAAGGAAAAGAGAAAGAGGAACAAGAAAAAGAGAAAAGAGGAAAAUGAAAAGAGGAAGAUGAACAAGGAAAAGAGAAGAAACAAGGAAAAGAGAAAAGAGGAAAAGAGGAAGAUGAACAAGGAAAAGAGAAAAGAGGAAAAGGAAAAGAGGAAGAAAAGAGAAAAGAGGAAGAUGAACAAGAAAAAGAGAAAAGAGGAAGAGGAAAAGGAAAAGAGGAAGAUGAACAAGGAAAAGAGAAAGAAGAAGAGGAACAAGGAAAAGAGAAAAGAGGAAAAGGAAAAGAGGAAGAUGAACAAGGAAAAGAGAAAAGAGGAAGAGAAAAAGCGAAAAGAGGAAGAGAAAAAGAGGAAAGAGGAAGAGGAAAUGAGGAAGAAGAAAAAGAAAAAGAGAGAAGAGGAAAGAGGAAAAGAGGAAAUGAGGAAGAGGAAAAUAGGGAAGAGGAAAUGA